UAUGUUUGCCUUGCUAUUUGUGGAUGCUAUUCGAUCAGCUGUUUCUAUUUACAUUCUGAUUUUGUUAAUUUGUCUGCAGGCUAUUAGUUAAAAUAAUUAAAAACAAAAAUGGAAUCACCCCGAGAUAAUGACGUCAAAGCCAAGCGUAUCCGUUGCAACCCACCCCGUAGAUGGGCGGCAGCAGAAAAGAAGUCUCUAAUUGAGUUUCUGUUGGAAAAUCGGCAACUUGAGAAGCCGUCCGCUCAAGCUUACUAUAAGCAGUUCUGCAUGGCAAAAAAUCUAACCAUGGAGUGGAAGCUUGUGCGUUCUAAAGUGCGGAACAUGAGAGUGAGCUACAACAAAGCGAAGACAUGGGAAGGCUCGACGGGAGCAGGUAGCAUGAGUGGCGAAACUAUUAAAAGUACUCUACUAAAAAUGUGCACUUUUUUUUACGAGCUCGAAGACAUUUUUGGGAGCAGAGUUAGUGAAUGUGCCGCAAUCGAAGAUACGAUGACCGCUGAGUAUUUGGAUUUUGAAGGUGCUGUAGAAACUCAGAUAGCAGUACCGAUUGAAGAACCGGAGAGCUCCCAAGGCCCAGAUUGUGUGUUACAUUUAAAUGGUAACGAAAGUUCUGCCGAAAUUAGUUGUACGCCAAGUACGAGCCGUAAGGGCAUAUACAGCAGAACGGGGGUUUCGGAAAUAAUGAAACUCCAAGCCGAAGUCAUUAGUUUCAAGAAAGAAAAACUAGAAGCAGAAUUGGCAGCAAGAGACAGGGAGUUAGUUAUAAGGGAAAGAGAAUUGGUGUUAAAAGAAAAGAAUUUUGAUUUGAAAGAAAGGAAUUUUAAAAGCGAAGAAAAGCUGAAAGUUCCUGAGCUCGAAAUGAAAGAGCGAUUAGCUAUGGAAGAGCUUAAGCUUAAAUAUAAACAAUUAUUUUAACGUAACUUAAAUGAUUUAAGGUAAUAUAGUGGCGAGCACAAAUGAGUAUAUGUAUAGUGAUUUUUCUUACAAUAUUCGCAAUGCUUUUCAUGAUAAAUUUUUUCAUAAAUUUUUUAAACGAAUUAGUUCAAAAAGCAUAUAAAUCAAAAUUUCAAACAUUUUACAACAUUUAUAAAAAUCCAACAAACUCCCAUAUGAACUUUUAAGAAAUUUUUGAGUAAGUUACAAAUCCGUCAGCAAAAAAUGAUCUAAAAUCAACGGAAAUUUUAAGGCACUUGAAACUUGGCAUAAUAAUCUAAAAUAAAAUUUGUAACUUACUCGAAAAUUUCUUAAAAGUUCAUAUGGGAGUUUGUUGGAUUUUUAUAAAUGUUGUAAAAUGUUUGAAAUUUUGAUUUAUAUGCUUUUUGAACUAAUUCGUUUGAAAAAUUUAUGAAAAAAUUUGUCAUGAAAAGCAUUGCGAAUAUUGUAAGAAAAAUCACUAUACAUAUACUCAUUUGUGCUCGCCACUGUAAUAGAGUUUAAUUUAAUUUAAUAUAUUGAAUUUGAUUUUGUUUAAAUUAAAAAAUGAAUUUCGUUAACUUAUAUUUUUAUUUAUACAUUCAAUUAAUUAAUGUUACGCCUGAAGUGCCAGAAAAUAGUUUUAAGAAACAACCGAAAGCUCUGUAAUAACGCUGCGAUAGUCCGGAGUUUAAAUAUGUAAACAUUUUAAAUACAUAAGGUGUUCGACAUAUCUAAAACAACAAAAUUUAAUGUAAUAAUUUUUUAUAAAAGUAUAGCUCAUUCUAUAAUAUAAACCAUACAAAUAAA